GAAAAAAAAAAUAGUUUUCUGCUAAAUUUCUUUGAAAUCCAAAGAAGAUCUUCAUUUCCUUCUUCAAAAUUUUGUUUUGUCUGGAAUUCAAUCUAUCCAGUUCGAUGAAACCAAGAAUGAGUACCUCACCAGCCACGCUCAGAAAGGAAUUUCUGAAGAAAUGGAUAAAGGGCCUCCACGUGUACACCAAUUUCAACAAGGGUAGUAUGGGAAUUCUCGACCGUAAACGGGCCAUCAAGCUCUCGGCUGACGCAGCCAUGGCCUCGACCCGCAGGGCCGCGACCCACUGGAGCCAGGCCCUGAUGGACAACGUCAUCUCGUCAUCCAAUGGGCCCAACAGGAUCCUUGUCGAACAAAUAUUGGGCCGUAAAUUACCAGCCCACAACAACAAUAACACCAAUAAUUUGGCGACGAUUGCAUGCAGCAAGAGGAUUUUACGAAAAAGCCGCAUCAUAAGCGCGCAUCGCAGGGUUGUACCUCGGCGCGUGAAAUCGAGCCCCGAUUAUGUCGCGAGGAAGCUCGUGAUGAACAAGACGCGCGUGCUUAAGAGGCUUGUACCGGGAGGAGAGAGAAUGGACGAGGGGUGUUUGAUCCGCGAAACCCUAGAUUAUAUCUCAUCCCUUAAGGUGCAGGUGGACGUUAUGCGAUUUCUGGCUGCUGCUGCUCAGAAAUUGGAGGCUUAAUAUAUAUUAGAUGUAUUUAUAUCUACAUUGUUUUAAAUUAUUGAAAAAAAAUAUUAUAUAUUAAAUUUUUUAAUUUCAAUUUUACGAGAUGCAAUGAGAGCUCCUACGGGAUGUAAUUGCAUGUGUACAGGGAAGGUUGUGAGGAGUAUUCACGUGCAAUAUAUUGUUGAUUUAAGCAGUGAAUUAUAUCUAUUUAUUAUGAUCAAGAUUAAGGGAGAUAUGUUUAUAUAUUUGUCUCUAUUGGUAAUUUUUUUCAUCUUAAAAAAAAAUGAUGAUGAUUGAUGAUGAUGAUGAUG